AUGCGGACUGAUGAGUCUCAUAAGAUCUACUGUGCCCCCAAGGCAUCUCCGACUAACGAGACUCCCGACGCACCUGCGACCACAACCACCACUCCGCCACUGCAGAAUGGAGAUCACAUUCAAGAGGCAGGGGGUCACGAGACCAAGCAAUCUCAGAGCUUUCCCGGGUCUAUAGCUACGUCUCCAGAGCUCAAAGAGCUGCUUCUCCGCCACCCUCAGCUCCGCAAUCAGUUGCACGAGAUAUAUCGAGGAACACAGGAAGACCAAUGGGUAGAGUGGUACACCCCUCCCACGCGAGGGCGUGGUCAUGGCCGAGGAGGCAGAGCUCCGACUCGCCGUAGUCGAGGUCCAUGGACAGCGGAGAAAGGGUUCAACCGCGGCCUAGGCAGGGUACGGAAGUUUAGGCAUGAUUGCGAAGAGGGAACAGAGACGGGCACCGACGCAGAGGCGUUUAUGCAAUUUCUGGCCCUGGUCCAUGGUCAGCAAGAACAGUCGGAACAGCAACACGCGACAUAA